AUGAUUGCCCCCGAGCGCAUCUGUGACUACAUUGCAAUUGCCCCGGAAGGGGCCCGUCGAAACCAACUCACCGACGUGCCGUCGUGGCCGGCGACCGGUCAGGUCGUGUUUGACAACGUGAGCUUCCGCUACAAGCCCAACGACCCCCUCGUCCUCAAGAACGUCAGCUUCAACGUCCAGGGCGGCGAGAAGUUGCGUCGGGUAGCAUCGUGA